CACCGACUAAAGUCAAAUCAUUCUGAAAUUAAAAGACAAUGAAAAGUAGGUUCCAGAAAUUCGAAUCUGAUGUUAUUCGGUCCCUUAGUGAAGGAAAAGAAAAGUGUAGAAUGCGAUUCUCCGUAUUCACACAUGCUUAUGAGUCUUGUGGGGGAUCCUUCUUCUGGUAUCAAAGUUUAUUGGUCACAGUGAAGGCACUGAGGGUCAGGGUCAGAUAAGUGAAUGGCGGUGGAGUACACAUGCUGCGAAACAGGGUUCUUCGUUCGCAUCCUAAUUGUGACUGUGUUAGUGCUAUUUGCUGGGCUGAUGUCUGGAUUAACUUUAGGCCUCAUGUCACUAAGCCUCGUGGAGCUUGAGGUUCUUGCCAAGUCUGGCAAACCUACUGAUCGUAAACAUGCUGCGAAAAUAUUGCCAGUUGUGAAAAGACAACAUUUACUGCUUUGCACACUUCUAAUCUGCAAUGCAGCAGCAAUGGAAGCUCUUCCAAUUUUUCUGGACAGUCUAGUGACAGCUUGGGGUGCCAUUCUUAUUUCAGUAACCUUGAUACUUAUGUUUGGCGAGAUUAUACCCCAAGCUCUCUGUUCGAGGUAUGGUUUGGCAAUUGGUGCAGCAGUGGCUCCAGUUGUUCGUGUUCUUGUUUGCAUUUGUUUCCCCAUAGCAUAUCCAAUAAGCAAAUUAUUAGAUUUCUUGCUGGGAAAACAACACCAUGCUCUGUUUAGACGAGCUGAAUUGAAGACGCUAGUUGAUCUGCAUAGCAACGAGGCCGGAAAAGGUGGAGAGCUAACACGCGAUGAGACAAUGAUAAUUACAGGUGCGCUUCAACUAACAGAGAAAACUGCAAGCGACGUAAUGACUCCCAUUACUAAAACUUUCUCCCUAGAAUUGAAUGCCAAGCUGGACAGGGAUUUGAUGAAUUUGAUUAUAGAGAAAGGCCAUAGCAGAGUUCCAGUAUAUUAUGAGAAACCAAGUAACAUUAUCGGUCUAAUAUUAGUGAAGAAUCUAUUAACUAUCAAUCCAGAAAACGAAAUGCAAGUAAAGAACAUCACCAUCCGCAAGAUUCCAAGGGUCUCCGAAACAAUGCCAUUGUAUGACCUACUAAAUGAGUUUCAGAAAGGCCAUAGCCACAUGGCUGCAGUUGUAAAACAUUUUGGUGAUGCAAAUUUGUCAGCCAAUGAAAGUCCAAUACAAGUGAGAGAAGUUAGAGUGGAUAUUUAUGGCGAAAGGAGUACACGACAGAAGAGUUUGAAGAGCAAAGGAUCACUCAAGAAGUUUAAGUGCUUACCAAACGAGGCAAAUGCAAGUACAAAAGGCAAGAGAUGGUCGAACAGCUGCCACUCCGAGGUGCUUCAAAUCAACGACGAACCACUGCAAAAUCUCUCUCCAGAGGGGGAAGCUGUUGGCAUUGUUACUCUCGAGGAUGUCAUUGAGGAGCUAUUACAGGAGGAAAUCUAUGAUGAAACAGAUCAUCGAGAUGUUAGCUGAUUAUCAAAGUACAAGACAUGCAAUAAAUUUACCCGUUGACUGCUCGGCAAUGUAAAAUUGCGAGUGAACUAGACCUGCUAUUUGGUUUUAAACUGUAUUGAACAUAAGGUUAGAUCGCACAGCAGCAUUUUAGAACAUUGGUUGGUACUACCAUUGAAAUUGAUGCACUUUUGAUUCGUAUAAACACAAUUAAGUAUUAGCCUAGUUUAACUUUUUGGUGACAAAAAUUCGUGAAC